GGGUGUGUGCAACUGAAUCAGCUGGAAUUGCCAGUAUAGACACAGGUGCGUGGGAGCGAGUGGCGCCCCUGACUCUUGGCCAGCACGUCUCGCCCUGCUGCAGGUAACUAGCUGCAGGCUCUGAAAGCCGCUCGGCCUGAGGCUUUGCGGGUAGGUUUAUUGAAGUCAAAAUGUCUCAGAAAAUCCGUGGUGGUUCGGUGGUUGAGAUGCAAGGAGAUGAAAUGACACGGAUCAUUUGGAACUUGAUUAAAGAAAAACUCAUUUUUCCCUUUGUGGAAUUGGACUUGCACAGCUAUGAUUUAGGAAUAGAGAAUCGGGAUGCCACCAAUGAUCAAGUCACCAAGGAUGCUGCAGAAGCUAUCAGGAAGUACAAUGUUGGUAUCAAGUGUGCUACCAUCACCCCGGAUGAGAAGAGGGUGGAGGAGUUCAAGUUGAAGCAGAUGUGGAAGUCGCCAAAUGGCACCAUCCGAAAUAUUUUGGGUGGCACUGUCUUUAGGGAAGCUAUUAUCUGCAAAAAUAUCCCCCGGCUUGUGAGUGGGUGGGUAAAACCCAUCAUCAUAGGCCGCCAUGCUUAUGGAGACCAAUACAGAGCAACAGACUUUGUCAUUCCUGGACCUGGAAAAGUAGAGAUAACCUACACACCUAGUGAUGGAUCUGAAAAACAGACUUACCUGGUACAUAACUUUGAAGAUGGUGGUGGUGUUGCCAUGGGGAUGUACAAUCAAGAUAAGUCAAUAGAAGAUUUUGCACACAGUUCUUUCCAGAUGGCUCUGUCUAAGAGUUGGCCUUUGUAUCUGAGCACCAAGAACACUAUCCUAAAGAAAUAUGAUGGGCGUUUUAAAGACAUCUUUCAGGAUAUAUAUGAGAAGCAGUACAAAUCUCAGUUUGAAGCCAAAAACAUCUGUUAUGAACACAGGCUCAUUGAUGACAUGGUGGCCCAAGCUAUGAAGUCAGAGGGAGGCUUCAUCUGGGCCUGUAAGAAUUAUGAUGGUGACGUGCAGUCGGAUUCCGUGGCCCAAGGCUAUGGCUCUCUUGGCAUGAUGACCAGUGUGCUAGUUUGUCCAGAUGGGAAAACAGUAGAAGCAGAGGCUGCCCAUGGAACUGUAACACGUCAUUAUCGCAUGCAUCAGAAUGGACAGGAGACAUCCACCAACCCCAUUGCUUCCAUUUUUGCCUGGACAAGGGGAUUAGCUCACAGAGCCAAGCUCGAUAAUAAUAAAGAGCUCAGUUUCUUUGCAAAAGCUUUGGAAGAAGUCUGUAUUGAAACCAUUGAGGCUGGCUUCAUGACCAAGGACUUGGCCGCUUGUAUUAAAGGUUUACCCAAUGUGAAACCUUCUGACUACUUGAAUACCUUUCAGUUCAUGGACAAACUUGGAGAAAACCUGAAGAUAAAAUUAGCUCAAGCCAAACUUUGAAGUCAUCCCUUGGUUAGGAGCACAUGUCUAUAUUUUUUUGUAGCUAGGUCCAGUGGUUUGCAUUUUUCUGCAUAACGUAACACUCAAGGAUAAAGGCAGAAUCAGUUUUUAAUUUGUUUGGAAGCCUGAACUUCUCUUUUCUAUAAGUUUACAGCCUUUUUCUUACACAUGCAGUUAAUGCCACUUUCGUGAAUGUGGCAGGGACAGAAAUUCCUUUUGUAUUUUCUACUAGUUGGCCUAGGAAUUACUUCAGUGUUCAUCCCUGAUCACUGUCACUUUUUCUGAUCUUUUGAUACCAAUGACCAAAAUGAAGAAUGCUUGAAAGGCUGAAAGUGCAGCAGUGGUAUUGUUCCCUAAAACGUGUCAAGUAGAAAUAGACUUCGUUUCCCGCUUCACAUGGUUGAGGAUGCUAAGUGGUUUGGUGUCCCAUUCUGUGAGGGAGAGCUGCAGGUUCAAUUUGCAUCUGAUUUCCUUGACUGUAAUCAGUGAAGAACAUGGGUGUGACUAAGAUGUGUUAAGGGCUGCGGUCAUUUCUGUAAAGAGCUCUAGUUGAAUGUUUCAAAAGUGCUAAACAUUUCUGAGGUCACAGGAGAGUUUGGAGUCCCAAACAAAUCUACCUGGAGGUUUGUCCUGUGUGUUUGUCUACUCCUCCUGGCCUUGUGCGGCCUACGUGUUCUGCUACUACAAGUAGCAUCUUUCACCCAGGUGCAAUAAUACCACCUGCACCCUUUUGAAACUCCUGCUGGCCUCUUGUAUUUCUUUUAUAUAAAUAUGAUCUUUUUUCAUAUGUUGAUUUUAAAAAACACUAGGCCUCUCCUCCUAAGCUUAAUUAAAAUUAAGUGCUAAUGACUA